GUCUGAGGGUGACACGCAUGCGCAAAGUAGCACCACCACACCACAUUCCCCGCUUCUCGCAGGCAAACAUCCAGGAGCAAAGCCAAGUGAUUUGUGCUUUCUCCAUGAUCGCCUGAAUAAAAAUACGCGAAUUUCUCGUUCCGAUCUUUACGAGGAGUAACAAUCUGACCGCGAAGCUGCAAUAAAUCCCUAUCGUGCUCAAUAGAUGCUCGUUUCCUCACCAUGGCAACAGAAGACAAGAAACCAGAGACUGACACCAAACCUCCAGUUGUUCCAUCAGCAUCUGCCAGUCAAAGCAAGUCUGCACCUGCCAAGCCAAACUACAGCCUGAAAUUCACAUUAGCGGGCCACACUAAAGCCGUCUCCUCUGUCAAAUUCAGUCCGAGCGGAGAAUGGCUCGCCAGCUCAUCUGCUGAUAAACUCAUCAAAAUCUGGGGGGCAUAUGACGGCAAGUUUGAGAAAACCAUAUCUGGACACAAACUUGGUAUAUCUGACGUGGCCUGGUCCUCUGACUCCAACCUCCUGGUGUCUGCGUCGGAUGACAAAACCCUCAAGAUCUGGGACGUCAGCUCGGGGAAAUGCUUAAAAACUCUAAAAGGUCACAGCAACUACGUCUUCUGCUGCAACUUCAAUCCCCAGUCCAACCUUAUCGUGUCGGGAUCGUUCGACGAAAGUGUAAGGAUAUGGGAUGUGAAGACCGGGAAGUGUUUGAAAACAUUACCGGCUCAUUCUGACCCUGUCUCGGCUGUUCAUUUCAACAGAGACGGCUCCCUGAUCGUGUCCAGUAGCUACGACGGCCUUUGCCGGAUCUGGGACACGGCGUCGGGCCAGUGUUUAAAGACACUCAUAGAUGACGACAACCCUCCUGUGUCAUUUGUGAAGUUCUCCCCCAACGGGAAAUACAUCCUGGCUGCUACACUGGAUAACACGCUGAAGCUGUGGGACUACAGCAAAGGAAAGUGCUUGAAAACCUACACCGGCCACAAAAACGAGAAGUACUGCAUAUUCGCAAAUUUCUCCGUCACUGGUGGAAAGUGGAUCGUGUCCGGCUCCGAGGACAACAUGGUUUAUAUCUGGAACCUGCAGACCAAGGAGAUUGUGCAGAAACUCCAGGGCCACACAGACGUCGUCAUUUCGACCGCCUGCCACCCGACAGAGAACAUCAUCGCAUCGGCAGCUUUAGAAAACGACAAAACCAUCAAGCUAUGGAGAAGCGACUGCUAAGCCCUUUUUUUGAAUCUUUUGGGUCAUUGGAUUUUUUUUAUUUUUUUAUUUUCUUUCUAUGUUUUCUUGUAAGAAAAGAGGACUUUUAUUCUAACAGAGAGCUCCUGUGCGAUGCAGAGGGCUUUCAGGUAAUGAAAUUGAGCAAGGAGAAACCAAACGAGACCCAUGAGCCACGUACAGUAUAUCAGCCCAAACCAGAGGCCCCAUCUCACAUCCUCCAUGUGUGGAUGUUAACGUUGCCUCCACAGGGAAGCUGGAGACUUUUGUCAUACUACACACAAUGUUGAUGCUCUGUUCCGGUGCUUCAGUAAAAAAAAAAUCAUUUUUUUUGACAUUGCAUUAACUCUGAUGUCACAGCUUCCAUACCAACUCCAACACGCGCAUUUCUGGUCGUGUUCAAUAAAUGUAAUAAUGCUUAUUUGGCUUUUCUACGAUUUCUUUUGCCUUUUUAAUUUGUCUGUGUAAUUGUGUAGUGUUGUCUAAACGGCGUCAAGGUGAUUUGCUUUGACAUCAAGCUUUAGGUAUAAAAAAAGAAAGAAAAGGAAAUUACAUCUAAGGAUCCUUGUGGCUUUUAUUUAUUCAAGUUUUUUUUUUUCUCCGUAAUAUCCAAUGCCAGAUCUCAAGUGUGCGUGGUGUGCCAUCACAAGAUAUAUUCAGAGUUUGGAAGUCCUAUUAGGGCAACCAACCUAGUGUUGGGCAAGGACGUGAAACAAAAAAAAAGAUGUAUGAUACCACAGUAAAAACUCAAAUGUGAUGCAUUGUUUUACAGUCGUGUUGGAGAAUUGAAUUAAGUCGCCCCUCCUUGACGGUUUUUAACAGUGACCAAAUGCAGUUAUUUAGUGUUCUAGGAUUUGUACAUAUUCCAUUGGCGUACUGUGCUUUGAUUCUUUUAGCCGCCUUUGUUGUUCUGGUCUCUUGUGCUUGAUUAGCUCUUCCUGUAGUUCUGCUCAGGACGCCGGCAGCGUCUGUCCUCUGUAGCUAACCUGGAGUUUUGUGGAAUACAUGUUUUGCAUUCGACAGCUAUGAGCCUACGACUUAAUAAAACCAGUUUUUGUAUGUUUAAUGUUA